CGCACCUGCUGUACCUGCUGCACCUGCACGUCAACAGACAAGACAGAAAUAAGAAAACAUAAACAACUCAAGCGCACCGCCGCGGGAAAUCCUCCCUGUCUUUUUUCCUUCUUAGCCUCCCAUCAAUCACACUUACGGCUACGUACACACGCGCCCCUCGCAACACGGCGCAAUCUGAUAUCUCUCAUAUCUCAUUAUCAUCACCACCAUCAAUACAUAACCUCGUCUUAGCAACUUAACAAACACCCCCCUAGCUACGUCACGGACCACUAGCUGCUAUUUUCUUAAUAAUUAUUGCAUCUUAAUCGCCUACCCUGCGCGACACCGCUUAUACCAAUUCAAGCAAAGCUACAGGCCUGCAUCCAACAAUGUCCGGCGCAAACAGUUGGCUGCAGAGGCAGCGAAAGACUGAUUUGGCCGAGCUUGCCCAGUACACAGGUCUCAGGAAUUACGAAUCGUUAAAGAAAACUGAACUCGAACUUGCCCUUGAUGAAUAUUUGUCUGAGAACUCGUCUACCUUCUCGUCCGACCCCAAACUCGCCAACUACUACUCUAGCCGCGCCCGAACUGUUGGGUCUCCAGUCAAGAGGGAUGCUCCCGAGGGUGCCGUAGAGAGGCUAAAGGUUGCUAGACGACGAGUGACCAAGGCUGCCGAGGAGAUUCUCGAUCCAGAGUCUAGGUCUGAUGAUGAGGAGCCUACGAGCACCGCCAACGCUCUCGCGCGUACUCCUGGCCGUGCCCUCUCUCUUGCAGGCCGCAUCUCGCUUCCUGCCACUCCCGCGGAUGUUGCCGAAGCUGUCGACCGCUCUACCGUCGCUGUCAAGACGCACGUCGUGUCCCUAAUCAAAGAGUCGGGAAUCACAGAAGCCACGCAAGCAACGCGUGAGAGCUUGUCAACCGUGACCUCGGUGCUCUUCGCUAUCUCCGCGUUUGAGCUCUACUUCUUGCGUCCCGAAAUCCUGCCCGACCGAUAUGCCUUCACCGUCCCCGCUAUCACCUUUCUCGGCACGAGGGAUUUCCCCGUCUUCGUUCCAGACAUGUUCCUACUCUUAACCUCGUCCUUCUGGUCUCCUGCACUUCUCUGGGCUUUUACGAGCGCUAUCCUGCCUAGUAUUGCUGGUUACUUUUUCAAUUUGACUAUCAACGCGAACCACGGUCGCCCGGGCCGCCGCUCGCACGCGUUGGAAUCGGUUGUAGACCCAUUGACCUUCAGCAUCGCCAAGGCUCUGAUCUCUUAUGUGGUCUACGGCCAAGGCAUUACGUUUGGUGGCUGGAUAGACGAGACGUCUAUUGCUCGCAUCAGCACGGCCAUAUACGGUGGCUACAAGGGUAUCCUGACCGGCACUGCCAUCACCGGCGUCUUGAGCAUCUACGACGCUGUGCUUAAGAAGUAAAGGGAGGGGAGAGCACAUUCAAAUCCAACUGCUGGCGGCUGUAACAGCAGAAGAUUUCCAAUCAUAACCUCACUUUCUAUAUAUCACUCCCAGUCUCACACUGCUAAAA